UAGCCCCCUGGCCUCGGUCAGCAGCGCCAACCGUCUGCCCGAAGCAGGGCGCAGAGCACGGGGCGCAGAGGCACCAGAGCCAGUGCCCGCCGGCCCCGCAGACCGAACCGAGCCCGGAGAACCCUUGCCGGGCCCCGCGCAGCUCCGCAAGAGUCCGGGAGCUGUCCCUUCAGCACCGCCGCCGGAGCCGGAGCCUGAGUCCGAGCGCAGCCCAGCGGAGAGCCCCAGCUCCAGCCGGAGCGCACCGAGCGCAGCGCUCCGCGGCAGCAGCAACGAGCAGCACCCCGGGUGCCCCUGCCCAGGGGGCCCGCCAUCUCCUCCGAGAGGCGGGGAGAAGGAGCGUGGAGGGCGGGCGGGCAGGCGCGCCCGCCGCCGGGGGGAGCAGGCAGCCAGGCAAGGAGAGGGAGGGGGCCGGAGUCCGCCCCGCUCCCUGAGCUGCAGCCGGGCCACGCAGGGAGGAAGGCAGCGGGCGUCCAUCUCCCCGGCGCCGAGAGCGCGCUGCGGCGACCACCUCACAGCCAUAGCGCGAAUUUCCCGGCCCCCUCUCCUCCCCUCCCCUCCCCCUUCCGGGGCUGGUCUAUGUCCGGCCCUGGGAGCGGCUGACCUUCCCCCCAAAAGCUUUGUGUCGAUUUCUCCAUUUUCCCGCUGAGAUGGGGACGGGAGCCCGGUCCCCCCACCCUCUUUUCCCUCCUCCCGGGGUUCGCCUCUGAGCGCCACCCCCCUCCCUCCUUUCUUCCUCCCUCUCUCCUUCCCUCUCUUCUUUCCUCCUCUGCCUCCUCCGCAGCCGGACCAGCUCCCUCCCACAUCUGGCGCUUAGAGACCCUGGGGAUCCCGCGCACACUCCCUUGGACCAGCACCAGACAGAAAGCGCCUUGAGGGGCUUGGGUAGUUUUUCGGGUGGCCAGAGCCGCGGUCCUCUGUCCCCCCGACGGCUGGGGGGAGGGGGGAGGAGGCCGCGCGCCCCCCUCCCCGACGCCAACUCCCCCUGGCGGCCGCUCCCAUGGGUGUCGCUGGGCCGCGCCAUGCCUAAGGAGGCGCCGCGAUGGGCCAAGGGGACGAAAGCGAGCGCAUCGUGAUCAACGUGGGCGGCACGCGCCACCAGACGUACCGCUCGACGCUGCGCACGCUGCCCGGCACGCGGCUCGCCUGGCUGGCUGAGCCCGACGCCCACAGCCACUUCGACUAUGACCCGCGCGCUGAUGAAUUCUUUUUCGACCGCCACCCGGGCGUUUUCGCUCACAUCCUGAACUACUACCGCACGGGCAAGCUGCACUGCCCGGCCGACGUGUGCGGGCCACUCUACGAGGAGGAGCUGGCCUUCUGGGGCAUCGACGAGACCGACGUGGAACCCUGCUGCUGGAUGACGUACCGCCAGCACCGUGACGCCGAGGAGGCGCUGGACAGCUUCGGUGGCGCGCCCCUGGACAACAGCGCCGACGACGCUGACGCCGACGGCCCUGGCGACUCAGGCGACGGCGAGGACGAGUUGGAGAUGACCAAGCGCCUGGCGCUCAGCGACUCCCCGGACGGCCGGCCCGGCGGCUUCUGGCGCCGAUGGCAGCCGCGCAUCUGGGCGCUCUUCGAGGACCCCUACUCAUCCCGCUAUGCGCGGUAUGUGGCCUUCGCCUCCCUCUUCUUUAUCCUGGUCUCCAUCACCACCUUCUGCCUGGAGACCCACGAGCGCUUCAACCCCAUCGUGAACAAGACGGAGAUCGAGAAUGUUCGGAACGGCACCCAGGUGCGCUACUACCGGGAAGCCGAGACGGAGGCCUUCCUCACCUACAUCGAGGGCGUCUGCGUGGUCUGGUUCACCUUCGAGUUCCUCAUGCGUGUGGUCUUCUGCCCCAACAAGGUGGAGUUCAUCAAGAACUCGCUCAACAUCAUCGACUUUGUGGCCAUCCUCCCCUUCUACCUGGAGGUGGGCCUGAGCGGCCUGUCCUCCAAGGCCGCCAAGGACGUGCUGGGCUUCCUGCGCGUCGUCCGCUUCGUGCGGAUCCUGCGCAUCUUCAAGCUGACCCGCCACUUCGUGGGCCUGAGGGUCCUGGGCCACACCCUCCGCGCCAGCACCAACGAGUUCCUGCUGCUCAUCAUCUUCCUGGCUCUGGGCGUCCUGAUCUUCGCCACCAUGAUCUACUACGCCGAGAGGAUAGGGGCGCAGCCCAAUGACCCCAGCGCCAGCGAGCACACCCACUUUAAGAACAUCCCCAUCGGCUUCUGGUGGGCCGUGGUCACCAUGACGACGCUGGGCUACGGAGACAUGUACCCGCAGACGUGGUCCGGCAUGUUGGUGGGAGCGCUGUGCGCGCUGGCGGGCGUGCUGACCAUCGCCAUGCCCGUGCCCGUCAUUGUGAACAAUUUUGGGAUGUAUUACUCCUUAGCCAUGGCUAAGCAGAAACUACCAAAGAAAAAAAAGAAGCAUAUUCCGCGGCCACCGCAGCUGGGAUCUCCCAAUUAUUGUAAAUCUGUCGUAAACUCUCCACACCACAGUACUCAGAGUGACACAUGCCCGCUGGCCCAGGAAGAAAUUUUAGAAAUUAACAGAGCAGAUUCCAAACUGAAUGGGGAGGUGGCGAAGGCCGCGCUGGCGAACGAAGACUGCCCCCACAUAGACCAGGCCCUCACUCCCGAUGAGGGCCUGCCCUUUACGCGCUCGGGCACCCGCGAGAGAUACGGACCCUGCUUCCUCUUAUCAACCGGGGAGUACGCGUGCCCACCUGGUGGAGGAGUGAGAAAGGAUCUUUGCAAAGAAAGCCCUGUCAUUGCUAAGUAUAUGCCGACAGAGGCUGUGAGAGUGACUUGACCAGGCGGCUUGGCCCAGGACACUGGUGGCUAUUAAGCAUCUGGGUGGACCUGCAGCCCCUCCUCACCCUCGGACAGAGUAAAUUCACGCCAUGCAGGUUUGCCGGACGAGUCCGAGUGGCCCAGGCCUUGUACUAGGACGGACGUAGCUUUUCUACGGCCAAAUGGUAACUGACCGUAGAGGAUUUCUUUUCCUUCUUUUCCUUUUUUAAAAAUUUUAUUUUA